GGGCGCGCGGCGCGCGCGCGGGGCGGGGGCGCGCGGAGGGGGGGCUGCCCCGGGGCGGCCCCCCCAGGUCGGGGCGCGGCGGGCGGCGGCGGCGGGCGCGCGUCCCGUCCAGGUUCGGAGUAACCGCCGCCGCCGCCGCCAAAGCUCGCCAACAUGGCGGACCUGGAGGCCGUGCUGGCCGAUGUCAGUUACCUGAUGGCCAUGGAGAAGAGCAAGGCGACCCCGGCCGCCCGCGCCAGCAAGAGGAUCGUCCUGCCGGAGCCCAGUAUCCGGAGUGUGAUGCAGAAGUACCUUGCAGAGAGAAAUGAAAUAACCUUUGACAAGAUUUUCAAUCAGAAAAUUGGUUUCUUGCUAUUUAAAGAUUUUUGUUUGAAUGAAAUUAAUGAAGCUGUACCUCAGGUGAAGUUUUAUGAAGAGAUAAAAGAAUAUGAAAAACUUGAUAAUGAGGAAGACCGCCUUUGCAGAAGUCGACAAAUUUAUGAUUCCUACAUCAUGAAGGAACUUCUUUCCUGUUCACAUCCUUUCUCAAAGCAAGCUGUAGAACACGUACAAAGUCAUUUAUCCAAGAAACAAGUGACAUCAACUCUUUUUCAGCCAUACAUAGAAGAAAUUUGUGAAAGCCUUCGAGGUGACAUUUUUCAAAAAUUUAUGGAAAGUGACAAGUUCACUAGAUUUUGUCAGUGGAAAAACGUUGAAUUAAAUAUCCAUUUGACCAUGAAUGAGUUCAGUGUGCAUAGGAUUAUUGGACGAGGAGGAUUCGGGGAAGUUUAUGGUUGCAGGAAAGCAGACACUGGAAAAAUGUAUGCAAUGAAAUGCUUAGAUAAGAAGAGGAUCAAAAUGAAACAAGGAGAAACAUUAGCCUUAAAUGAAAGAAUCAUGUUGUCUCUUGUCAGCACAGGAGACUGUCCCUUCAUUGUAUGUAUGACCUAUGCCUUCCAUACCCCAGAUAAACUCUGCUUCAUCCUGGAUCUGAUGAACGGGGGCGAUUUGCACUACCACCUUUCACAACACGGCGUGUUCUCUGAGAAGGAGAUGCGGUUUUAUGCCACUGAAAUCAUUCUGGGUCUGGAACACAUGCACAAUCGGUUUGUUGUCUACAGAGAUUUGAAGCCAGCAAAUAUUCUCUUGGAUGAACAUGGACACGCAAGGAUAUCAGAUCUUGGUCUUGCCUGCGAUUUUUCCAAAAAGAAGCCUCAUGCGAGCGUUGGCACCCAUGGGUACAUGGCUCCCGAGGUGCUGCAGAAGGGGACGGCCUAUGACAGCAGUGCCGACUGGUUCUCCCUGGGCUGCAUGCUUUUCAAACUUCUGAGAGGUCACAGCCCUUUCAGACAACAUAAAACCAAAGACAAGCAUGAAAUUGACCGAAUGACACUCACCGUGAAUGUGGAACUUCCAGACACCUUCUCUCCUGAACUGAAGUCCCUUUUGGAGGGCUUGCUUCAGCGAGAUGUUAGCAAGCGGCUGGGCUGUCACGGAGGCGGCUCACAGGAAGUAAAAGAGCACAGCUUUUUCAAAGGUGUUGACUGGCAGCAUGUCUACUUACAAAAGUACCCACCACCCUUGAUUCCUCCCCGGGGAGAAGUCAAUGCUGCUGAUGCCUUUGAUAUUGGCUCAUUUGAUGAAGAGGAUACCAAAGGGAUUAAGCUACUUGAUUGCGACCAAGAACUCUACAAGAACUUCCCUUUGGUCAUCUCUGAACGCUGGCAGCAAGAAGUAACGGAAACAGUUUAUGAAGCAGUAAAUGCAGACACGGAUAAAAUUGAGGCCAGGAAGAGAGCUAAAAAUAAGCAACUUGGCCACGAAGAAGAUUACGCUCUGGGGAAGGACUGUAUUAUGCACGGGUACAUGCUGAAACUGGGAAACCCAUUUCUGACUCAGUGGCAGCGUCGCUAUUUUUACCUCUUUCCAAAUAGACUUGAAUGGAGAGGAGAGGGAGAGUCCCGGCAAAAUUUACUGACAAUGGAACAGAUUCUCUCUGUGGAAGAAACUCAAAUUAAAGACAAAAAAUGCAUUUUGUUCAGAAUAAAAGGAGGGAAGCAAUUUGUCUUGCAAUGUGAGAGUGAUCCAGAGUUUGUGCAGUGGAAGAAAGAGUUGAACGAAACCUUCAAGGAGGCCCAGCGGCUAUUGCGUCGUGCCCCGAAGUUCCUCAACAAACCUCGGUCGGGUACUGUGGAGCUCCCAAAGCCAUCCCUCUGUCACAGAAACAGCAACGGCCUCUAGCACCCAGGAACAGGGAGGGUCCUUGAGGAGGACACACCAGGGUCUCAGCCUUUUGGGGUGAACAAGGAUGAGGCAUCUGAUCUAUUCGCUACUGGGACUCCUCCAGGCUCCCGAGAGGAGUCGGGACCCUUCGGCUCGGGGUCAGCUCAGCUCCCUGCCUUGUCACAUUUGUCCACAUUUGAAACUACUGAAGAAAUAAAAGUUCUUUUUCUUUGCUACACACUUUGGUACCUAUGAACCUAGAACUUGAAGUGACUCCUACUUAUCACGUAAAUUUUUAUGUCUGAUAUCAAACACAUCUUAGACUUUCCAGGAUGGAAUUUAAAGAUAUUCAUUGUUGGGUAACAGAUUGCCCUAAGCAUUGCCACAUUUUCUGUCUGGUCACUGCUGCUUUUCCAUGUCUUUGCUCCAUGCUGCUGGGGGAUGGGAGAACCACAGUGUGUUUCUUUUGUGCACUUCACAACUGACUUCUUAUCCUGGGAUUAAAGGUUGAAGAUAUUUUCUGACAAUAUUAAAAGUUGAAGAUAUUUCUGCACUUGGGCCCUCCUCCGGGAGCCGCACCCACAUGACUGCCCUGCCUCUGACCAGUCUGUUCCGGGGCCCCCUCAGCCAGGUGGGAAUGAUGGACAUGUACUCUUCAAGUGUAUGGGGUUAACUAAUCAUUGAAGGCAUUCAUCCGUCCAUCAUUGGAAAGAUUUACAGUGAUUCUGAAGGACAGGCCAUGGAGUUUUAAGUUUCAGGGGCAAGAGCAGUUUUCAAAAGUCUUUGAGUCCAGUGUGCGCGAGUCGACAAGCAGUACCUGGCGUGCAGGAGCACUCAUGGGUGAGUCCGUCUUGGGUCUCGACAAUUAGCAGUUGUGUGACAGUCAUUCUGGUUCCUUCUGCCUGACUCUGGGAGACAUAUCAGUAAUGGAUGUACAAAAGCAGGUCUGUUUUACGUCUUAGUAUAAUUUCAGAUGAAUUGUAUUGAAAAAAUGCUGAGGAAUGAAUGUGUCAAAAUGGGUUAACUGUGUAUAUUGACUUUCAUCUCGUCAUCCAUCUGUCAUGAAUGAAUGAUACUUUGCACUGGGCUGUACGACAGUGAGGACCUUAGGGCAUGAAGCCUUUUUCCUGGUCCCAGCAGCAUCUGCCCUGUGAAGUUUGUUUUCUCCCACUGCCUCCAGGCCCCACUGAUACCCCCAAAUAGAUGCUGCGUUAUGAGAACCAGCGAAGUCCCCCAUGUCAUCAGUCUUAAAAAAAAUAAUUUUACAAAUCCACAUAUUUGUCCCAUUCUUGGAGUAGUUUUAGUGUGUGUCUUUAAAUUAACUACUAACAGUAUAAAUAACUUGACAUCAUAAUUGUCUGCAUCCUGUCCUUGAUAUUUUUAGCAGUUCCAAAUCUUUGUUUUUGUAUUUGUUUGCUGUGUUCAUGGGCAAAGUAAGUACUUUUUAAUGGAGUUAUUUUGAGAGUUUGGAAGAUAAAUUCCCAAAAGGGUCCAUUAUUUCAUAAGAGUUACUUUGCAAAAAAAAAAAAAAAUGUGGGUUUUUUUUUUUGUCUAUCUCAACUACUAGUUGGGGUUUAAAUUAACAUACAUUUUCUACUAUCUGUUAUUUCCAGUGUGGGAGGAGGGAUGUACUACUUACAUGCAUUCUCCUUAUUUAAAAAGGAAGAAUAGUAUUCAAAUUCUGUUUAAACACACACACACACACACACACACACACACACACACCAGAAGCAGAAAAGCCAUAGUUCUUAAAGAGUGAAUGUCUUCCCAGCCCUGGUUAAUUAUAGCUGUGACUGAUGCCGUUCCCGUCUGCAUCUCAAGUUCAUAGGUUCUCAGCAUGUGCAGUUGAGGAUGCGCUGGGCCUCAUGCCUGUUCUAGAUCUCCAGGAUAAAGGGCCUGCUGUUGACUCCACGAGGGCCUGGGCUUAGCGUCUUAAUAUCUCGUACCUAGGGCGUGAGCUGCACAAACGUGUUCAGAAAGAUUAUUCAACUUUCCCAUACUUGUUCUAAAAUUGAGCUGAUCCGCAUCUCUUUCAAAAACUAGAAUUUCUGCUCUAAGAAUAGAACAUAAGGCUCCACUCCCUUUUAGAAAAGAUAUAUGAAUUGGAAAAUGCCCUGAAAGUCCUUUUGCUUCAAACAAAAGUGUAAACUUUUACACUUCCCCAACUCACAUUUGAUUUGUAAUGAUAUGGUUGAGAAGUACAUCUAGAUGUCAUUUAUUAAAAGUACUUUGUAAGACUAGAUUGAGCUGCUUCUGAGGGCGGUCACCAGUUGUGUUGGGUCUGGUUUGAAUGUCUUCUGCCAAAAUGUUGUAAUGGAGGUGUUUCUGCGACCAGACACAGGAUACCACUGUGUCUGCACCCGGUUGCCUGCAUGGCCAGAGGAAAAGUCAGUUGGAUUAAACAUCAUGGUAUACUUGGCUGUUGUUUUUUUUAAUUUUUUAAUUUUUUGGGAUAGGGCCUCGCUCUGUCACCCAGGCUGGAGAACAGUGGGAUGAUCAUGGUUCACUGCAGCCUUGAAUUCCUAGGUUCAAGCAGUCCUCCCACGUCAGCCUCCUGAGUAGCUAGGACUACAGGUUCAUGCCACCUUUCCUGGCUAAUUUAUUUUUUGGGUAGAGAUAGGGGUCUUGAACUGUUAGGCUCAAGUGGUCCUUCUUCUUGGCCUCCCAAAAUGCUGGAAUUAGAGAUGUGAGCCACCAUGCCCAGCCGUAGUACUUGGAUGUUUUAGAAGGUUUUCCAAGUACUACAUAAUUCCUAGAUGUUCACCCUUGUUAUAUUCCAACUGUUAAAAAGGUCAAAAUUCAGCCUAUAUUUUUUUCAUUAUUUUAGAUUUCUGUGGUUGGGAUAUUUUAACAUUGAUGAGAAAAAUAAUUGAGGUUUUUUUUUUACUAAAUCAUGUGGUAAUGUCUUGAUUUCAUGAUUCAAAAGAAUCAAUAAAGCCUAAAAAUAAUAGAUUACUUUAAGCUGCUAUGUAAGAUAUAUAUGGAAUAAAUUAAAAACCUUUGUGAAUUUAGGUUUAUUAUUUUUAACCUAAAACAUUCUCUUUGGUUCAUUCAUCCCCUCAUGUCAUGGGGGCUCAUUGGUUUUCCUUCUUUGUCAUAUUUAAGUAUGAUUUUUCAACAAAACUUCUAGAAGUCAGCUUAUUAUGUCAACGUUCAUGCAAAGUGCUCAUGACUCUGAUUGGUCCAUUCACUUCACUAACGUGACAAUUUCAGGUCCUAUGUUUAAAAAGAAGGAGCUGGCUGGGCACGAUGGCUCACGCCUAUAAUCCCAGCACUUUGGGAGGCCGAGAGGGCAGUUCACAAGGUCAGGAGAUUGAGACCAUCCUGGUUAACACAGUGAAACCCCGUCUCUACUAAAAAUACAAAAAAAAAUUAGCCGGGCGUGGUGACGGGCACCUGUAGUCCCAGCUACUUGGGAGGCUGAGGCAGGAGAAUGGCGUGAACCCGGGAGGCGGAGCUUGCAGUGAGCCGAGAUCACACCACUGCACUCCAGCCUGGGUGACAGAGCGAGACUCUAUCUCAAAAAAAAAAAAAAAAAAAAGGUGGUGGGGGGGCUAAAUAUCCAGUGAGAUGCACCAAGGAAAGGAAUCAUUUUGCUCAAGACAGCAGCAGCAACAAACAACGGUCUGUUUGUUGCAAACAAGAGGUAGCUUGAUUUCUGGUGUGACAUAUGCCGUAUACAGAUAUUAGAAACAACCGUCUGAAGGCCACAUUGGUCAUCUACAAAGUAACGUCUACCAAUUGACGACAGGGAUUUAACUAGAUUAAAAAGAUCAAAGUGUGGUUUUUCUCUGCUUUUGAAAAUUUCACUCGGAAUUUGUAGCUGGGCCAAUUCAACACAUUUUACUUUUCAGUGGAAUUGAUUUUUCUAAUGUUUCAGAAUUUUAACAUAUCAAGAAGAAAACAAUGUUCUCAAAGUCUGGCCUCUUUUGCAUGAUGUAAACCUAUAGAAAUGCUUUGAAAUGUGCUGGUGUGAGAUAAGAGUUAUCUUGUAUGAUUUAAUCAUAUGCAGUGUUGUCUCAGUUACGUUCAGGGAAAUGUUUCUGUGUCAUUCAGAGAUGCUUGAUGAAUUAACACCUCCCACCCUGAGUGAGGGGUUGACUUGUCGGGAGAUGAUUUGGGCUUCAUUGGGAUCUGUGACAGGUGGGGGCUGGGCUGGGUGUCACAAAGAGAAUAGUGGUAGAAAUUGGGCGAAGGAAGAAAGAAGUUACUGGUAAAAAUCAUUACACCAUAAAGCACCAAGGAAACAACUGAGUUAAAAUAGGUGAAGUUUCUUUUUCCCCCCUGUAACAGGAGAUUUUUCCUUAUGAUAAUUAUUCUGAGACUUGGUCACUUUAUUUUUGAAUGUGGAGCUGCUGAACUCAUUCAGAAGCCAUUUGCUGCCUAUCAGGACUUUCUGAAGAAGUUCUUUUGCCUCUGCCUACCCUCUGGCACCCUCCCAUGAAGGCACAGGGGACCCAGAGCUAAAGCAUUACCGGGCCAUCUCCAAAACACCGUGUGUGUGUGUGUGUGUGUGUGUGUGUGUGUGUGUGUGUGUGUGUGUGUGUGUGUGUGUGUGUGUGUGUGUGUGUGUGUGUGUGUGUGUGUGUGUGUGUGUGUGUGUGUGUGUGUGUGUGUGUGUGUGUGUGUGUGCACUUCGCAGCCCCCGUGGUGGAGAGGCAGUGUCUGGAUCACUGUGAAUGCAUUGCCCCAUUGGUCAGUUGGGGACACUGUUACAAAUCCAUUGAAGUCCUGGUAAAACUGUCAGAGUAACAGGCCUCUUCUGUUCUGCCCUGCUCACUUCCACGGUGAGUUACCAGCCUGGGCAACACAGCAAGACCCCAUCUCUACAAAAAUAGUUUUUUUAAGUAAUUAACAGUUAAAAUUUUUUCCUAAAGAUUCAACAUGAUUUUUCCCUCCUAUGUAAAGUUUACUGGAGAGACUUGAAUUAAUUACUUAAAUUCAUGUUAAUAUGAUUUUUUUUUAAUCCAGGUCACAUUUUAACAAAGUUUAUUAUGAAACAAAUGAAAUUUGAACUCUAAAAUGGUACUCCUUGGCUUCCUCAAGUCACAGUGAACUUUAUAUUUUCUUUGUCCUUAAGGACUAAGAUAGUUGUUUUAUUUUAGCAGAAUAACAGAGAUUACCACUCCUGCAGGCCCCCACAGCUGGCCCAAUGGGGCUGUCUUUCUGACCUAGCUGUGUUAGCAUUGAUUGAGAAAUGCAGGCUCCCAAAUUUUAAAUUGCCUUUAUUAAAAACACAAAGAAACUACAGAAAAUGGGUUAAGAGUAUAUGCAUUUCAUCAAAUACAUAUAAGGAAAAAAAUCCUUCAUUUUAGAGUUAAAUAACUCAGCUUUGUAUAGUAGAGUUAGCUCUCCAGUAUCUAACAAUCUCAAAAUCAUCUCUGAAAACUGGUAACUAUGCUUCCAUUUUUAAUUUUGUCCUAAAUAUCAGAUGUCUUUGAUGUAAGGGUAGGGAAUGGAGAAAUAUUUUCAAUUGUGUAUUUGUAUUACAAAGAACUUGAAAUUUACUUUCUUAGUUGAUUAUAUUAAAUGAUGUAUAUAUUAUAUGUGGUUUAUAAGCUCAACACUGGCCAUUUUUUUAGUUUUAUUGUUAAAUGGUAUUUUUCUAUGUUUAAUUAUAAUAGAUUUGGCUUUUUCUGGAUAGCAUAAAGAUCACUGAACUAUAUAUAUAUAAGAAACAAGAGUUCUAUUUUAGCACAAAAGCAUUUUAUAUUAUUUAUUGAAUCCAUAAGUUUGUUUUCGUCAAAAACAUUCCAUAUUAUUUCUGCUCCUUUUUAUUUGUAUAGUUUGUUAUUUAAAGAAAUGGCAGUCCUUCCUGUUCUUAAUACAAUAAAAUUGAAAUAAUGCACAUAGCAA